CACAACCCAAUUGUCAGUUGUCAUCGCAACAAAACAAAAACUCCUAAUAAACGAAACCAGCAGUUAGCUGUCAGCGCCUUUAAACGGGAUAUAACGCACAGUACAAACGGACAAAAAAAAAGGAACCACCACCACCCAUUGUGUGUUCUCGUACUUUUUUUUCUUCGAACGAAAAAGCAAAUAUUGAAAGCGCGUGUUUGAUUUAAUUAAAAUAAAGUGAAACUGCAAAAAAAAAAAAAAAACAAUUAAAAAAUGGCAUACAAAUUCGUUACACUUGUCGGUCUCUUGGCUUUGACCGGUUCCUGUAUGGCCGGUGUGGCCUAUUCUCCCUUUGUGAGAACUUAUGCUGCCGCUCCCGCCGCCGUUGUGGCUGCCAAAACUGUUGCUGUAGCUCCCGUUGCUGUGGCUAAAGCUGAAGAAGUCGAUCCUCAUCCUCAAUAUGAUUUCUCUUAUGGUGUCCAUGAUUCGGUCAGUGGUGACAUUAAAUCCCAGGUUGAGAGCCGUGAUGGUGGUAAUGUAGCCGGUUCUUACAGCGUUGUUGAUGCCGAUGGUUUCAAGCGCACCGUGACCUAUACCGCUGAUGAUGUCAAUGGUUUCAAUGCUGUUGUGACCCGUGAACCCAUUGUAAAGGCUGUUGCUCCCCUCGUCCAUGCUGCCCCAGUUGUAAAGACUGUUGCUCCUGUCGUACAUGCUGCUCCUUUGGUACAUGCCGCCCCUGUGGUGAAGACUGUUGCCACUUAUGCUGCUGCCGCCCCAGUUGUUCACGCCGCUCCAGUUGUUAAGACUGUUGCCGCCCCUGUUGUCCAUACUGCUCCCGUAGUUAAGACCACCUUUGCCGCUGCCCCUGUUGUACAUGCCGCUCCAGUCGUCAAGACCUACCAUGCUGCUGCUCCAGUUGUACAAGCCUACCAUGCUGCCCCAGUCUUCAAGACCUAUGCUGCUGCCGCUCCCGUAGUCAAAACCUAUGCCGCUGCCCCUGUUGUCCAUGCCGCUCCCGUAGUCAAAACCUACUCCGCUGCCCCAGUUGUUCAUGCUGCCCCCGUAGUAAAGACCACCUUUGCUGCUGCCCCAGUUGUCCAUGCUGCCCCUGUUGUUAAAACCUACUCUGCUGCCCCAGUUGUCCAUGCCGCCCCCGUUGUCAAAACCUACUCUGCUGCCCCUGUUGCUUUCUCCGGCCCCUUGUUCCGUUCCUCUCCCAUCUUCCAACAAUACCACCAAUUUCCCUUGCAACAACAACAAACCUCUUUCUUUAGCUCCCCCGCUAAUGUAGAACAACCCCAACAACAACAACAACCCGCUGAAGGUCAACAACAACAGCAAUCCGAACAAGCUCCCGAACAAAACGCCCAAGAACCCACACCCGUCGAAUAUCCCGAACAAGACCAAUUCGCCCAACAACAAUACCCCGGCUAUCCUCAAUACGAAGUACCCCAACAACAAUUCGAACAGCAACAACAACAACCCCAAGAAAAUCACGAAGAUUCCGAAGUUGUUGAAGCCCGUUCUGCUCCCAUGGAGGAAGAACAAAAAAUGGAAGAAGCUAAAGCCGACGAAGCCGAAAACAAAGCUGAAGCCAGCACCACCACUGCUGCCCCCGCCCCCGUCACCGAAGAACAAAAGGAGGAUGAGAAGAAAUCCGCUUAAAUUUUUCCCGACUUGCCAUUAGAAAAACGGUGCUCAGCUACGCCAUAGGCGUGGCUGUCUCCUGAAGCUGAUGCCUGAUAAUGAUUGCCGUUUUGUUUAAUUACUUUAGGUAUUUAAAAUUCUCAUUUUUUGGAAUUAUGUAGUUGUUAACAUUGAAUAAAAAAAAAU